AUGGCUAACGAAUCUGUUAACUCCUCCGAACGGACUGUUUCCAAUGCAGAUGUCAUGUCUUCCGCUAGCUCUACUGUUACUUCGCUUUCUACUGCUCAUCACUUUAUCAGUAUUAAGCUUACCCAUAAAAAUUAUAUGUUUUGGAGAACUCAAGUCGUUCCGUUUCUUGACGGACAUGGUCUCAUGCCGUUCGUAGAUGGAUCUCAUCCAAGUCCAGCGCCCUUCCUCCCCGUAGUCGCCGGUGCCUUGCUGGCCCCAAAUCCCGAGCAUGCCACGUGGUUUUGGCAUGAUCAGACUCUUAUGUCUAUGUUGAUCUCUUCUCUCAGUGAAGAAGUCAUGCAGCUCGCCGUUGGACGCCGCACGUCCCGGGAGGAUUGGGAGUCAAUUGAGCAGUCUUUGGCUUCCGCAUCUUGCGCCCGCUCGUUAAAUCUCCUUGGCCAACUCCAGUAUCUAACUCAGGGAGAUUCCACGGUUGUUGAUUAUAUUGGUCGUGCCCGUGUUAUUUUGGAGGAUCUUGCUUUGGCCGGUAGGCCGGUCGGGUUAGACGAGAUGAAUCUUUAUGUGUUUCGGAGUUUACGGCCAGAGUUUCAAAACCUAACUGCAUCUCUCUCCGUCCGCGGUACAGUAACCCUAGGCGAGCUGGCCGACUUUCUUGGCGUUCAGAAGUUCAGGAGUUCAUUCGAAGUGGAGCUCCUGGCGAACCACCGGCGGCGUUUUGCCGCACAGCGUGGCGGGCAGCCCCGCCGAGGAGGCCGCGGUAAUAACAGCGGCGGACAAAACCAGGGCGGCGACGGCUGUGGAAAGUCGCAGCCUAGUCGUAGUGGUGGUCAGCGUGGGCGCGGCAGCAACAGCGGUAAUGGCGGACCGCCGAAUGACCACUCAGAUGGCUCUCAGGCUUGGAUUUCGGAUACUGGAGCAACCAACCAUGUGACUCCAGAUAUUACAGCCCUAUCUACAUCAGAAGAGUACACAGGUAAUGACACAUUGCGUGUGGGUUAUGGUAAGGAACUUCCUAUUAGUCGUGAUAUCAACACCAAGGAAAUUAUACUUAAAGGCAAUAGUCAUGGGGGCCUUUUUAGACUUCCAAUUGCCGCCUCAUCUCCCUUAGCUUUUCUUACCGCUCGUACAUCUCUAUCAGUGUGGCAUGAUCAUUUAGGAAAUCCACAUCAUCGUGUCUUACUUCGUAUUCUUCAGUCGUGUUCGCCGUCUCAACCUGUGCAGCUUUUCCCGUGGACCGAAUCUGUUCUUCAUCCCGAGGCAGCAGCGUCUGCGGCUCUCGGCGCAAUCAACGUCAGGCCCAAUCCCACCGACGAUGAUCCCGACCCGCCUCCGCUGCCGCAAACUGCCGUCGCUGAUCAGCCUGCCUCGCCUGACCGUGAGCUGCAUGACCAAGCAGAUCAGCCCGCCAAACGUCCUCGCGGCCGCCCCCGCGGAAAAGUGGUUAAGUCCACCGUUCGAACUCAUGAGAUGCACACUCGGAGCCAGUCACAGGCGCCACCUUCAACUUUAACAGUUCAGGUUUGUCCUUCAGAUCCCACUUGUUACACUUAG